AGGAGGAGCUGUCUGCUUGUUAGUCUUGGCCAGGGUCUCGUUGAAUAUGGAGCUGUCUGCAGUCGGGGAACGGGUGUUCGCUGCUGAGUCUAUCAUUAAACGGCGUAUCAGGAAGGGCCGCAUUGAAUACCUGGUGAAAUGGAAAGGGUGGGCCAUAAAGUAUAGCACUUGGGAACCGGAGGAGAACAUUUUGGAUUCCCGUCUCAUUGUGGCAUUUGAGCAAAAGGAAAGAGAGCAGGAAAUUUAUGGACCGAAAAAACGGGGACCUAAACCAAAAACCUUCCUUUUAAAGGCUCGAGCCCAGGCUGAAGCUUUACGUAUAAAUGACGUCCAUUUCUCUGUUAAACCUGGUUCCAGCGUUUCUCCAAAACUGCACUCUAGCGCAGCAAUGCACCGCCUGAAGAAAGACAUCCGCCGCUGCCACAGCAUGUCUCGUCGCCCUUUGCCCCGGCCAGACCCCAGUGCACCUUCUGGAACAAACUCGGGUCUGCGUCCCCCUGUGUCGCCCUUUUCCGAGACUGUGCGCAUCAUCAACCGUAAGGCCAAGCCUCGAGAACCUAAAAGAAGCCGUAUUAUUCUUAACCUUAAAGUGAUUGACAAAGGAGCAAAAGCACCUCUUGGGCGCCCCAAAAUUCCCUCUCGUAAUAGGGUGAUUGGAAAGAGCAAGAAAUUUAGCGAGAGUAUGCUUCGCACCCAGAUCCGCCAUCUAAAAUAUGGAUCCUUCCCCCUGUACAAUAAACCAGUUCUUCGUGGCCCAGAUGGUGCCAAAACAGAGGAAGAAGCCACCAAUCAGGGGCUAGCUGAUGAUAGCUCCAGUACAUCUGGAUGCCCAUCUCCUGCACCUUCUGAUGACCGUCCCCCCAAGCUGCUGCCUGAAACUCUUAGCCCUGCUGUUCCUGAUUGGCGAGAGUCAGAGGCAUUGGAUCUAUCUAUCCCGCCAGAGUCAUCUGCUAGCAAACGGGGGCAGGGAGAGCCUGAUGAUUCUGAUCCCGAAGAAGAAGCUGGAGAUUGGCGUCCAGAUAUGUCUCCAUGCUCCAACGUAGUGGUAACAGAUGUCACCAGCAAUCUGUUGACGGUCACCAUUAAGGAGUUCUGCAAUGCCCAAGACUUCGAGAAAGUGGCAGCUGCUGGCAAAUAGAGGGCAGGAGGGCAUAACUCCAUUAAUUUAGGAAAAUUUUACGUACUGAGAUUUUAAAGGUUUAUUCACUUAAACAU